CGUGAGGCUGCUGCUCCGCCGAGCGUUGGUCGUUAGUCUCCGCAUCCCACACCCGCCAGAAGCGACGAGGCCGACACCAUGGGGUUCGGAAAGGGCAUCGAAGGCUGCGGGAAGAUGAUGCAGUACUUUCUGUUUCUGGCCAACUUCCUGAUCUUCGCGGGCGGCGUGACGGUGCUGACGGUGGGAAUCUGGACGCUGGUGGAUAAGGAUGACUUCAGGGAGAUGGUGGGAACCGAUGCGUACUCGAACGCGGCCAUACUGCUCAUCUUCGCCGGUUCGAUCGUGAUCGUCAUCUCGUUUCUGGGCUGCGUGGGCGCUCUGAAGGAGAUCAAGUGCAUGCUGCUCACCUACUUCAUCAUCCUGCUGAUCCUCUUCAUCUUCCUGCUGACGGCCGGCAUCCUGGCCUACGUGUACCGCGACGAGGUAGGCAGCAGGAUCGAGAAGGAGUUGACGGAAACGAUGGCCAAGUACUCAACCAACGAAGCCGUCAAGCAGGCGUGGGACACGGCACAGUCGAAGCUGGAGUGCUGCGGUGUGAAGUCGGCCAGCGAGUGGGGCACCAGCAUACCCAAGUCGUGCUGCGCCGACCAGACCGCCGCCUGCACCACCGCCAACGCUUACAGCAAGGGCUGUCGGGCGGAGGUGGAGAUGUUCGUCAAGGACCACGCCAAGGUGGUCGGCGGGGUUGGAAUCGGCAUCGCCUGCAUCAUGAUCCUGGGCAUGAUCUUCUCGAUAGCGCUGUACAAGAUGAUCGACUGAGCUGGGGUCGGACGAGUCGGUGACCGGGGGACGACCCUCCGGUGAAGGUCAAGCAGAAACAUCGACAUCGUGAUUGGCAGGAGUGGUGGAUAUGUCGGUGGCCAUUGCGCUUGGCAUGGAAAGACCUUGGAUAUGAGUGCUCGAUUCGAGAAGUUUUCGGACCGAGCGUUCGUUCAUUUCCGUCUGUUGUAGGGAUUUCUUCAGUCCUAAGUCGGCGAACUGUGCGACAUAUCGCGAUGUUGCUUCGGGCAAUGGUGGCUUAGCGUUGUUCUCGCUUGGAAAGAAAGCACGUGGAUUUAAUGCGAGUCACCGGAACGUACGCACCGGUCUGCGCCUUUCCUGCCUCAAGCGCGUUGUGUCUGCGCUUCAUGACAACGAGCAAAGUCGCGUCCGCGGGCCAGGGAGAAAUCGGCGGCAGUGUCCCAGAUCUAAAUGUGUUUCUCCGUGCGUGCGAAAUGCAGACCAACUUCGGUGCUCGUCGAGGCCUUAUUUACCAUCUGCAUGCAAUGCGCGUUACAGUUAGCGUGCUUGAAACGCGAUUUUUCGCAUCUUUGCACGUUGUUCAUUUGGUCAAAGAGCAUCCCUCAUAUUGUUCAUCAGGUUUAUCCUUACAGCAUGUGGCUAUAUCAGUGGAAAAACUGUUUAAAGAGAAUCGUUUUGACAAUGCGGAUGUCAUUCUUUCGACGCAUCGCUGUUCAUGCCAUGUUCUAGAGCCUGUUGGAAUUGUGCAUGCACAGCUAUUCAUUGGUGAAAUGUUGUGGAGCUGCACAGUAGUUUGUUUGGAAGUCUACGUGCAGUGAGUGAGCACAUCGUGUGUUCGCGAACUAAACAGAGUGCGCUGAGUCUCUGUGACUUAUUCAUCACCAAAGCAAUGUCACUCAGUAUGUUUCAAAAUUUCCCCCAGUCUUAUUUUUGAUGUGUGAUAUAUUUCGAGCCGGGCAGAUGUGUGCCAGGAGUUUGCCCUUCAUCCCGCACAAGUUUGUCGCUGAGGCCGAUAACCUGGAUCGCCUGAUCUGUCGACGCAACCGCAUGCGUGCCGUGGUCUUUUGGAUCUGCGAGGCGCACAUCAUGCCGUCCUGGUUUGGAGUCUCGGCGAGG